AUGACCCUGUUAAGAGAACAAAAGGUUAACAAAGACCCUGUUGUGAGACACAAGGUUAACAAUGACCCUGUUGUGAGAAACGAGGUAAACGAUGACCCUGUUAAGAGACACGAGGUUAACGAUGACCCUGUUGUGAGACACGAGGUAAACAAUGACCCUGUUAAGAGACACGAGGUUAACAAUGACCCUGUUAAGAGACACAAGGUUAACAAUGACCCUGUUGUAAGACACGAGGUAAACGAUGACCCUGUUAAGAGACACAAGGUUAACAAUGACCCUGUUGUGAGACACGAGGUAAACAAUGACCCUGUUAAGAGACACGAGGUUAACGAUGACCCUGUUGUGAGACCCAAGGUUAUCAAAGACCCUGUUGUGAGACACAAGGUUAACAAAAACCCGGUUGUGAGACACAAGAGACACAAGGUUAACAACGACCCUGUUAAGAGACACAAGGUUAACAAAGACACUGUUGUGAGACACAAUGUUAACAAAGACCCUGUUGAAAAACACAAGGUUGACAAUGACCCUGUUAAGAGACACAAGAUUAAACAUGACCCUGUUUUGAGACACAAGGGACACAAGGUUAACGACGACCCUGUUGAGAGACACAAUGUAAUCGAUGACCCUGUUGAGAGACCCAAGAGUAACGAUGAUCCUGUUGAGAGACACAAGGUAAACGAUGACCUUGUUGAAAUGCCCAAGGUUAACGACGACCAUGUUAGGCACAAGGUUAACGAUGACCAUGUUGAGAGGCACAAGAUUAACAAAGACCAUGUUAAGAGGCACAAGGUUAAUGAUGACCCUGUUGAAAGGCAUAACGUUAACAAAGACCAUGUUAAGAGGCACAAGGUUAAUGAUGACCUUGUUGAAAGGCCCAAGGUUAACGAUGACGCUGUUGAAAGGCACAAGGUUAACGACGACCAUGUUAAGAGGCAAAAGAUUAACGAUGACCCUGUUGAGAGGCACACGGUUAAUGAUGACCUUGUUGAAAGGCCCAAGGUUAGCGAUGACGCUGUUGAAAGGCACAAGGUUAACGACGACCAUGUUAAGAGGCAAAUGAUUAACGAUGACCCUGUUGAGAGGCACAUGGUUAAUGAUGACCUUGUUGAAAGGCCCAAGGUUAACGAAGACCCUGUUGAGAGGCACAUGGUUAACGCAAACCCUGUUGAAAGGCACAAGGUUAACGAUGACCUUGUUGAAAGGCCCAAGGUUAACAAGGACCCUGUUGAGAGGGACAUGGUUAACGCAGACCCUGUUGAGAGGCACAAGCACAAGGUUAACGAUGACCCUGUUGAGAGGCACAUGGUUAACGCAAAUCCUGUUGAGAGACACAAGGUCAUUGAUGACCUUGUUGAAAGGCCCAAGGUAAACGAGGAACCUGUUGAGAGGCACAUGGUUAACGCAUACUCUUUUGAAAGGCCCAAGAUUAACGAGGACCCUGUUGAGAGGCACAUUGUCAACGAGGAUCCUGUUGAGAGGCACAUGGUUAACGCAUACCCUUUUGAAAGGCACAAGGUUAACGAGGAUCCUGUGGAGAGACACAAGAUUAACGAAGACCCUGUUGAGAGGCACUAG